CCGUCGCCGGCUGGCGCACUGCCGGCUCCCGGGAACAGCCCCUCGGGCACCGGCCGCUUCCCGGCACCGGAGGGGCGCAACGCGGCCACAGACCCGGUGGCGGUCGAGGAGGCAAGAGGGGUGCCGGCGCGCCCCGGGGCCCCGGCGCAGCGCACGGUGAGCGCCCCCCGAAGCUCGGGGAUCCCUUAGCCGCGGGUCCCGGGGUACCAGCGCCCGGGUACCCGAUGGGGCCGCCCGGUGAACGCAGGGCAGAAGUUGGGACCGCGCGCAGCCAGCCUGUGCCGCCGAACCCGAUAUGCUGUCGCCGGGGCGAAACGGCACCGCCUACCGGGCGCGGUCCCGGCAGCAGAAGCUGGCAGGGGGCGCCGUGGGGGCCUCGGAGGGGGCGACGCUGCUGGGGCCAGCGCAAGUGGUCACGGCCGGCCUCCUGACCCUGCUUAUCGUCUGGACCCUGCUGGGCAAUGUGCUGGUGUGCGCGUCCAUCGUGCGCAGUCGCCACCUGCGCGCCAGGAUGACCUACGUCUUCAUUGUGUCUCUGGCUGUGUCUGACCUCUUCGUGGCGCUGCUGGUCAUGCCCUGGAAGGCGGUCGCCGAGGUGGCCGGCUACUGGCCUUUUGGGGCCUUCUGCGACAUCUGGGUGGCCUUCGACAUCACGUGCUCCACCGCCUCCAUCCUGAACAUGUGCAUCAUCAGCGUGGACCGCUCCUGGGCCACCUCCAGGCCCUUCUGCUACGAGUGCAAGAUGACGCAGCGUGUGGCCUUGGUCAUGGUCGGCCUGGCGUGGACCUUGUCCAUCCUCAUCUCCUUCAUCCCAGUCCAGCUCCACUGGCACAGGGACAAGAUGGACUCCUGGGGUGGGGUGGACCCACCAUCUAACCUGGUCAACGGGACGCCCUGGGAGGAAGCCGGGGAGCCAGAGGAAGCCCUCCCCUCCCCUUCUAAAUGAAUAGAUUGUUCAGUGACUUAUUUGUGUUUGGGCUGAUUUUUAAGCAAUAAGGUUCAAUGUGUGUGUAGCGCUGAUGGAAGUGUGUGUGGCUUUCCUGUAUCUUGCUUCCUGUGGCCUGUGUUUCUGCAGUUUCUCCUUGCUCUGUGUCUUUGCUACAGCUGAGGAAUUCUUCCUGAUUUGUUCUGGUGUCGAACAGACACAAAUUAUGUAUUCUAUGGGGUGAUUAUCGUUGCUUUGCCAGAUUGGUUUUCAGGAUGGCUCCUAGAGAAGCCAUGAGAACAUCCUUAAAAGCAGGAAAGAUUUUGGCUGGGUCUGGAAGCACCCAUUUAUUUUCUUUACAGUCAGUUUGGCCUUAAAGGUACACACAGGGGCAAGAGAAUUUGAAGAGUUUCUGAUAUCUCAGAAUUUAAAAAAAUUAG